CUCACUCUCUCGUGGGGACAAGGAGGUCGCCAGCACCCACAGAGGGACUUGAAGGCAGCUCCCUGCAUUUCUGACUCCGCCUCCCUGUCUCUCUGCCUGUGAUACGUGCUGUCCCUGGGCCAGUAGACAGUGGCCCCCAGCAGGAACCACCAUGGAGAUGCUGAUUGCAGCCCUGGUUCUGACCGCCACAGUCCAGGCAGAGAGGAGGGACAAGGUGCUACAAGGUGGACCCUGCGAUCGCAUGUCUCACCCCUACCAAGCUGCUCUCUACAGCGCCGGCCACUUGCUCUGCGGGGGCGUCCUCAUUCACCCAUCAUGGGUCCUCACGGCUGCCCACUGCAAAAGAACGAAUAUUCAGGUCUACCUGGGGAAGCAUAACAUUUAUGAAAGAGAGAGUUUCCAGGAGCAGAGCUCUGUCGUCCAGGUUAUGGUCCACCCUGGCUAUAAUGCUGAUACUCAUGACCAGGACAUCAUGCUGUUACGCCUGAAGCGCCCAGCCAAACUGUCUGAACGCAUCCAGCCUCUGACCCUGGAGAGAGACUGCUCAGCUAACCACAGCAGCUGCCACAUUCUAGGCUGGGGCAAGACAUCAAAUGGUGUCUAUCCUAACACCAUCCAGUGUGCAAAUGUCCACCUGGUAUCUCAUGAGGACUGUGAGAGGGCCUACCCUGGCCAGAUCACCCAAAACAUGGUGUGUGCUGGGGAUGAGGAGUUCGGGAAGGACUCCUGCCAGGGUGAUUCUGGGGGUCCAUUGGUGUGUGGAAACCGUCUCCGAGGCCUUGUAUCAUGGGGUAACGUCCCCUGUGGAUCCAAGGAGAAGCCGGGGGUCUACACCAAUGUCUGCAGAUAUGGCCAAUGGCUCCAUCCGUGCAUCACUGGAAGUGAGUAGGGGCACAGGCUGGGGUCUUGCCCCCACCACUAAGAGAAUACAGGAACAUCCCUUCCAAGCAGCCCUCUCUCCCUGAUUAUCCCAUGGGCUUGGUGUCUUCCUACAGAAGAGUGGUCAUAAGUCUGGAAAAUCUGAGUUAGAAUCCCAGCUCCGCCGCCUGCUGUGCAUGUACCCUUGGGAAGUGCCUUCCUUCUCUGUGUGGACUCUCGUCUGCAAAAAUAGGGGUAAUAACAGUAUAUUUCUCAAAAGCCGGUGGCUGUCGUUGGGACGCGUCAAGGUCUCAGGCACG